UUCUUUUUCUCCCCCCUGCUCCUUGUCACUCCAUCCUUCCUCCCCUAACCUGGACCACCCUCCAGUCCUGCUGCCGGCCCAAACCAGGACCCCUUACCACCCAUACCACCCCGGGACCCUUUGACUCUCCUCACUUCUCCGUCCCACCAACCACCACCCCUGAGCAGAUCCCCAGAGCACAGCUGCCGGGACUAAUUUGGGCUAAAAAACAUCACAGUUGAACGUGUGGAGCAAAAUCUGUUGUCCAAGAGAUCCAUUCAACUCAUUCCAAACAAGUUCUGAUAGCCACAGGUCACAUGACCUGGAAGAAAAAACCCAGGAGGCUUUUGGGAUCGCUCUCCGCAUGGGCUGGAUAUCAACCUGAAGGGAAGUCUAAAGGCUGAUGAACUGAUCUGAGUCUGAGAGGGAGAGCAUUGAUCUGGUGUCCUGUAUGCCCUGGGAACCCAACGCCAGCACAAAUCAGGUGACUGGCUGGCUGGAAUAUAACAGUACUCCAUCUUCCUCAGAGGACAUUAAAGGGCAGAGCCAUUCCCACAUCCCCCAGCAUGGAGAACAGCAAAGUCCAGUCAGAGGGUGGGCUGAAUGUCACUCUGACCAUCCGCCUCCUCAUGCAUGGAAAAGAGGUGGGGAGUAUAAUUGGUAAGAAAGGAGAAACUGUAAAAAAGAUGCGAGACGAGAGCGGGGCAAGAAUCAACAUUUCAGAAGGAAACUGUCCAGAGAGAAUUGUGACCAUCACUGGACCUACAGAUACCAUAUUCAAGGCUUUUGCUAUGAUUGCCUAUAAAUUUGAAGAGGACAUAAUCAAUUCCAUGAGUAACAGUCCAGCCACCAGCAAGCCGCCGGUCACCCUAAGGCUUGUUGUACCAGCCAGUCAGUGUGGCUCUCUCAUCGGGAAGGGAGGAUCCAAAAUCAAAGAGAUGAGAGAGUCUACAGGGGCUCAGGUUCAGGUGGCGGGGGACAUGCUUCCUAACUCCACUGAGCGCGCCGUGACAAUCUCUGGAACCCCAGAAGCCAUCAUCCAGUGUGUCAAACAGAUCUGUGUGGUCAUGCUGGAGUCUCCACCAAAAGGUGCCACUAUCCCAUACCGCCCAAAGCCUGCCUCCACCCCAGUCAUUUUUUCUGGUGGUCAGGCCUACACAAUUCAGGGACAGUAUGCCAUACCACACCCAGACCAGUUGACCAAGCUCCACCAGUUGGCUAUGCAGCAAACCCCCUUUACCCCUCUUGGACAGACCACCCCUGCUUUCCCUGGUUUGGAUGCCAGUCCACCAGCCAGUACUCAUGAACUCACCAUUCCUAAUGAUCUAAUAGGCUGUAUUAUUGGACGCCAGGGAACCAAAAUAAAUGAGAUUCGACAGAUGUCUGGGGCGCAGAUCAAAAUUGCGAAUGCCAUGGAGGGCUCAUCAGAGCGGCAGAUAACCAUCACAGGGACCCCUGCUAACAUCAGCCUGGCUCAGUAUCUCAUCAAUGCCAGGUUCAGGGACGUGGCCGCCAUGUGGAAUGACCCCUCGUCCAUGACUACAUCCUGAAGGCAGCCACAAUCUGGCUCUUACAGUUUCACCUUUAUUCAAAAAUCCAUUAUUAGCUUCGAACCAUAAAAGUACUUUGUUAAAACCCGUUUCCUGUGUAUUGAUGUAACAAUACUUUGACAUUCUGAGAAACUUGCUUAUUGAGUGUUUGAAAGAAGAUAAACAUACGAAAAAAAGACAUCUCCAACUAAAGUCCUUAUUAGCUUAGCAUGGGUUAGCCUUUACGAUAUAGAAGAAUCAUAAACAUAUUAGUUUAUGUGCCCUAAAAAUGUUUUCAUUGCAAAAUACAAUGUCUGUCCAAAAAAGUCACAUGGUUGGAGGUUUGAUUGACCUGCAUUUAGCUUUAAUAGGUGCUUGCAUUGGCUGUGGCAUUGGUUCAAUAAGUUCCUGCAAUAAUACAGGAACUUAUUGAACCAAUGUGUGGCAAGAGGUCUCCUUGUAACUGAUGUAUUGUUGGGUAGUAAUUCAAUCAUACAACUAUCUAGUCUUGCUCUGAUUGCGCAAGUUCCCCUACUUAGAAAAAUGAGAGCUCUGUUGUUUUCAUUAUGGUUACACCUCAAUGAGAGAGACAAAUUAAAGACAAAAAAAAAUCCAGAAUAAUUAUAGUGUAGGAUUUUAAGGAAUUUAUUUGUAAAUAAUGGUGGAAAAUAUGUAUUUAGCCAAUAACAAGAGGGCAACGCAAUCCUUUUAAGUAUUACUUUUGUUAGCACUGACAUAGGUCAAAUGUUUCCUAUAAGUUUUAACCAGGGUUUACGCACACUCUAGCUUGUAUUUUGGCUCAUCCCUUCAUGCAGAUCUGUUCUAGGGCAGUCGUUUAUUUGCCGUUGUGACAGGGCAACACCGAUUUUCCAGACUUGAGGCCUUGAGACGGGCUAGGCCAUACCUGGACCUUAAAAUGUUUUAUAUAGAGUUGCUCUUUCACUGCUGUGUGUUUUGGAUCAUUGCUUUGCUGGAAGACCCUGUCACAUUCAGUCACUAGAUGGAAGGAGUUUUUGACUUAAAAUCACACAACACAAAUCAGUCGCUCUGUCCCCUUUGCAGAAAAACAGCCUCAAAGCUUGAUCUUUUCAACUCCCAUCCUUCCCAAUAGCUAUGGUUUUCUUGGGAUGCAACUCAGCAUUCUUGUCCCCCAAAUACGAAUAGUUAAGUUUGUGCCAACAUUUUUAUGUCAUUUGACCACAUGAUAUCCUCUCAAUCCUCUUCUAGAUCAUCCAUAUGCUCUCUAGCAAUCCUCAGACGGGCCUUGACAUGUACUGGCUAACGCAGGAAGACACGCCAGGCAAUGAAGGAUUUGAGCCUCUCUCUGAGUAGUGCAUUACUGAUGGCAGUCUUUGUUACUUUGAUCCCAGCUCUCUGCAGGUCAUUCAUCAGGUCUCUCCCUGUAGUUCAGGGAUUUUUGUUCACUUUUCUCAUGAUCAUUUUGAGCCCAGAGGAUGAGAUCUUGUGUAGAGAUCCAGAUCGAGGGAAAUUAUCAAUGGUCGUGUCUUCCAUUUUCUUCCAAUAGAUUGCACAGUUUUUGUUUUGUUUUUUCACAAGGACCUGCUAGCUUGUUGUAGAUUCACUCUUCCAGCCUGAUGCAGGUCUGCAAUUUUCUGUCCUUUGACAGCUCUUUAGUCUUCCCCAUGUUUGAGCUUGGAGUCUGAUUUUUGAAGCUGAGGGCAAGUGCCAUUAAUACUGUUAUGAGAGCAGAACAGAAGAGCUUCUUACAGAAGAAGUCACAUGUCUGUCAGGGGCAGAUAUCUUGUUUGUGUGUGGGUGAUCAAAUACGUUUUCCUUCAUCAAUUAUAAAUAAAUUCUUUAAAAAUCCUUUUCCGUUGUACUUCAAUCAAGAUGAUUGACAGAACAUCCUUUAUGUAAUGAAGGUUUAGAGAUAUGGCGAAGGGCCUGGCCUUCCAAGGAAGCUCGGCAUAGAGACACUGUUCCGCCAUAUCGAAAGCAUUAUCUAAAGUUGAUUUAGUCAAAUAUGUUUUCAGAUACCUCCUGGAUGUCCCAUUUGGGACUUCA